AUGGCGCGGCAGGGGAAGGGGGAGGGGGAGGGUGGGCAGAAGAUGACGAUGAUCUACGCGAUGGUGGCGCGGGGCACGAUGGUGGUGGCGGAGCACACGGCGUACACGGGCAACUUCCGGGACAUCGCCGCGCAGUGCCUGCACAAGCUCCCCGCCGGCGACAGCCGCUUCACCUACACCUGCGACGGCCACGCCUUCACCUUCCUCCUCCACCAGGGCUACGCCUACUGCGUGGUGGCGACGGAGUCGGCGGGGCGCGAGGUGCCCCUCGCCUUCCUGGAGAGGAUCAAGGAGGAGUUCAACAAGCGGUACGCCGGUGGCAAGGCCGCCACCGCCACAGCCAACAGCCUCACCAAAGAUUUCGGGCCGAGGCUGAAGGAGCAGAUGCAGUACUGCAUGGAUCACCCGGAGGAGGUGAGCAGGCUGUCCAAGGUGCAGGCCCAGGUCUCCGAGGUCAAGGGCAUCAUGAUGGAAAACAUCGACAAGGUGAUUGAUCGCGGGGAGCAGAUCGAGGGCCUGGUGACGAGGACCGAGCAGCUCCACGACCACGCCUUGGAUUUCAGGACCGAGGGCACGCGCAUCCGCCGCAGGAUGUGGUACCAGAACAUGAAGAUCAAGCUCAUCGUCGCCGGCAUCGUCGUCGCCAUCAUCCUCAUCAUCGUCCUCUCCAUCUGCCAUAGGGACCACUGCAAGUCCUAA